AUGUGGAAUUAUUUUUCUGUGGUGGACGAACUUGCCAAAAAGGCGGAAUGUUCCUAUUGUAAAAAGACUCUGUCGUUUAAAACUACUAUUUCUAAUUUAAAAAACCAUUUGAAACAAAAGCAUUUAAUAGUUUAUGAAGAAAUUUGCAGGAAAGAAAAUGAGAACGGUACUAGAAUUGCUGACUCCGGUGCUCUUGCUGGUGUGGAUCCUGGUUGUGCUGGUGGUGGUGGAAUCGGUGGUGGUGGUGAUGGUAUUGCUGGUGGUGAUGGUAUUGCUGAUGGUGAUGGUAUUGCUGGUGGUAAUAGUCGUGGGAUCGAGUCUCGUCCGUGUAAUGAUGGGGGUUUAUUAUCGUCGUCUCGUCCAGGUCCCUCAGCACAAAAUCCGCCAAAAAAGCAACGGAUCAUGGCAUCGUAUUUAUCUAGACCCCUAUCAACCACUGAGAAGACCAACCUGGAUAAAUUAUUAUUAAAUAUGAUAGCCAUUGAUUGCCAGCCUUUUAGUAUCGUUGAUGAUGAGGGCUUUAAAUCAUUUGUUUAUGGGUUAAACCCCAAUUAUAAGUUACCCGAUCGUAAAACCCUGUCGACGACCCUGUUGUUGCGUGACUACGAAGACCGUUUAGCAACAAUUAAAUCGGUUGUAAAUAAAGAAUGUACCAGCAUGUGUAUAACGGUAGACUGUUGGACAUCUCGGACGAUGCAGCCGUACAUAGCUAUCACUGGCCAUUUUAUAAAUAAAACCAGCUUAGAAUUUAAAUCUAUGCUUUUACAGUGCAGUCUACUAGAGGGAACUCACACGGGUGAAAAUAUUGCGCAAGCAAUUAGUUUGGCGGUACAGGAGUGGAAUCUGGUGGGUAAAAUUAUUUUUUUUGUCACCGACAACGCAUCCAACAUGCAAAGUGCUGCAAAUUUGUUACGAUUUCCCCAUUACGGAUGUUACGCCCACACGCUAAAUUUGGUAGCGCAAAAUGCCCUUGCACUUCCCGAAGUGGAAAGCACUAUAACUAAAAUAAAAAAAACAGUAAACCAUUUUAAGCGUAGCUCUCUAGCAAAAGAGAAGCUGUUAAAGUAUCAGAUUAACUCCCAGGGUGUAGCUGAAGGAAGUGCAUUGACAUUAAUUAUGUCAGUGCCAACACGUUGGAACUCAACAUUUUUAAUGUUGCAGCGCUUCAUACAUUUACAGGAAGCCAUCAGGGCAACAGUGCCUAAUUUAAAUGUAGAUUUGCCUAUAAUACCACUCCAAGAGUGGAAAUGCUUAGAACAAUUUUGUGAAAUUCUAAAGCCUCUUUAUGAAGCUACGUUAAUUAUGAGUGCAGAAAAUUAUUUGACUGCUAGUAAAGCAAUUGUUAUUACGCAGGGUUUACUUAAUAUUUACGAACAAAUGGCUACAAAUAUUACAUAUUAUACACCCGUCCAAAAAUUAGCCAAGACAAUAAAUUUAGGAAUAAAACACAGAUUUGCAAAUAUAACUAGGAACUUACAUAUUACUGUGUGUACGUUUCUAGACCCUAGAUUUAAACAUUUCGCGUUAGACAAUGAAACAUUGCAAUCUACUAAAACGUACAUUAUAGAUGAGAUUUGUAGUAUUAUUAGCGAAGAUGAACCUCAACACCAUCCAGAAAGCAGUACUCCUGCACUUUCUCUAUGGAAUAUAAUAGAGCAAAAAAUAUCAACAUCUCAACAACCUCGCUCCACUUUUACUAAAGUAACAGAAGAAGUGGAGAUGUACCAAAAACAGUUCGUCAUAUCCAGGGAAAGUUGUCCUCUUGAGUGAAUGGAUGAAGAAACACCUUCCAAAGUUCUUGAGCUGCUGUCACAAGAACAAAAGGAAGCAAUUGAUCAGUUAGAUGUCUUUAUGAUCCAUGGAAAGAGGUCUCGGUCAGUACCUGUACUGCUAGCAAAACAGAUGCGAAGAAAUAUAGAUCUUAUUGUUGCCAAUCGGAAAUCAGUUGGAAUUCUUGAUAAUAAUCCAUUACUUUUUGGUAGACCACUAACCUCUCGUCCAUUUGAUGGUGGAAAAUGUCUUAACAAAAUAAAAAUGUUCGCAAAUACGCGAAGAGAACUGGAUGACAACGGUGGAACCAGUGGAAGAUCCUCUCAGCAGGACAACGGUGGUGAAGGCGGAAGAUCGGACACAUCAGUAACACUAACUCGACUAGAAGUUUACAAACUCCUAAUUAAGGAAAGCAAACAAAUUAAUAGUAAAUGGCGACCUUUGGAUUUACCGGUACCCGAUCGAUGUGCAGCUGUUUUAAAAGCCCUUGGUGAAGGAUAUGAACCGUCAAUGUCAAAUAAAGAGCUAACACGAGCUAUUGCUCUGCUUAUUACUAAAUGCGAUGCCAUUUAUAAGAAAAAUCACUACAAAAUGAAUUUGUUUGAAAACGACAAAAAAAGUAAGGAUUGGCUUAAUAUAGUCUUUUUACAAGGCAAGCUUAAAGAUACUGAACUAUCACCAAAAAUGCAACACAAGAACUGUAUUGCAUUUUUGAGGGCUCUUGGGGGCUAUGAUGGUAGCUCGGGGCAAGCUUUGUACAAACAAAAUCUUGGUGAUGACGAUGACGAGUUAGCAAAAACAUCUAAAGGCUACACGAUACACGCUGAAUGUGUAUUGUAUUUGACUGUUAUUGAUGGGAAGGUGCUCAAUAUUAUUCUAGACACUCCAUCUCAGCUGCGUUGUCCUUUCUGUGGAAUAACAUCUACUCAAUUUAACAAAUUAGAGGUCUGUUAUGAAAAAAUACCCAGAAAAGAAGCACUGAUGCAUGAUCCUCUAAUUUCUGCCAUCAGAUUACGAAGAAGACAAAAUAAGUUGAGAAAGCUCCCCUUACCUCAAGCUGUUUUAGAACUGUUAAAACCUAUAAAUAUAAAACCUACAAAAGAUACCGGAACAGAGACAGAUCAACAGGAAGAAAUAUUAGAAGACAGUGAAAUGAACAUAGUUUGCUUAAAUAAUAAAGAAUAA